CUUGGUCGUGCAAGAUGGGACAGCGAUCUUAGAUAAUUUGAUAAACAGCUUGAGAGAGACGGUGAAGUACUUCAAGAGGUCACCUUCUCGUCUCCAUGCUUUUGUUGCCACUUGCAAAAGCUUGGGUGUCAAAGUUGGUAAUCAUUUACACCUGGAUUGUAAAACAAGGGGAGUUCAACCUUUAAGAUGAUUAGCACUGCCCGUGGAUAUAAGGAAGCCUUGACCUCUCAUGCUGGUUCGAAUGCCAACUAUGCUUGGGCGCCGACAAACGCAGAGUGGGACAUGUAUGACCUUAUCUUUCCAUUACUUGAGAGUUUUGCUGAGGUGACAAAAGCAUUUUCAGGAAGUUUAUAUCCCACUUCGAACAUCUUCUACCCAUACAUUGUUGGCGUCAAGCUUGCAAUCAAACAUGCAAUGACUAGUGAUAGUGACCACUACAAGGAAAUGGGUGAAGCAAUGUUGGAGAAGUUUGACAAAUAUUGGGAAGAAAAGAACAAUGCCAUGGUGAUCGCAACCAUCUUUGAUCCACGGUACAAGAUUGGUUACAUAGGGAGGGCCUUUGGAGAACUAUAUGGAGAAGGAAGUACGAGGUUUAGAUCUGAGAUCAAAAUCGUGGAGAAAGAGUUGGCGGCCUUGUAUGACAAAUGUGUUGCUCAAGAUAAGCGAGCUGGAAAUGGAGAAAGCUCAUCUUCCUCUACAAACAUUCCUAGUAUCCUGGUUCAAGCUGGGUACGAGUCCUUCUUAUCGUCCUGUUCAACAAGAAUAUCAAAGAGUGAGUUGAGGAACUACUUAGAGGAUGAGGUUGCCCCUCGCAACAAGGCUCUUGAUCUUCUUGGUUGGUGGAAAGACAAUGCUCCUAGGUACCCAAUUAUGGCCAAGAUAGCCAGGAGGUUCCUUACUAUCCCGGCUACCUCCGUCUCUUCGGAAUCUAACUUCAGCACGACCGGAAGGAUUUUAGAUGACUAUAGGAGUUCGUUAAAACCGGUUAUGGUGGAGGCAUUAGUUUGUGGUGCAAGUUAUAUCAAGGGUGCUCAUGUUGACUUGAAUCUGGUGCCGAGGGAUGAGAAUGAAGAGGAUGAUGUUGAGAACAUCAAGUUACCCAUUGUGGUGGAGGAGAUCAAUGAUUGACGUUCAUCAUGUGGAUGUUGAUCUUGCUAUUUUGGAGAUGAAUGUCAAAGUGAUCUUUCUCAUGUGAAGGCUACUUUUGCAUUUCUAUUAUGUUGGAACCUUUCAAGUCAAGAACUAUGAAUUGUCACUGCUAGCUUGGAGAUGAACCUCUCAUUUGUGUUAUGUUCAACUUGUCAAUUGACAUGGACUUGGAAUUGUCAUUGCAAGUUUGUAAUCGUGUCAUUUGAUGAUGAUAAGACCUUAUGUUUGUGGAUGUGAUAUUUGUGCUUAACCU